AUGUCAGCCAAACGCGAGAUGUUCCAGGUCAUUACUGCAACGAAGAUAGUGCACGUGUACGGCGAUGAUGGGACUGGCGCCAAUAGAGACCUGACUGUUGUCCAAGCCGAUCUGGCGUCGAUUCCCGAUGGUUAUUACAUGAUCGGGCAGGCUGCCAUGCCCGGGAAAACGAGCUAUCGUCCCGGCGCUCCACCUUCUUGUAUUUUCCUUAUCAAGCCGGCUCAAGAAUUAGACCCGCCCUUGGUCAAGCCACCCGUCGACUAUGAGCCCAUCUGGAAUGACCAUGGAUCGGGAGGUCGCGAGGAUGGGUCCUUUUGGCGCGCGAUUCCACCCCAGAACUACGUUGCACUUGGCGACAUUGUUGUCAACGGUUAUGACAAGCCGUCCCCGGCCUUCACGAGAAAAUACGCCUGCAUCCGGGAAGAUCUUGGCCUACUCCUACCCGCGGUUCUUGGUGAACCAUCUUUGUGGGAUGACCGCGGCUCCGGCGCCCGAAGAGAUGGAUCACUUUGGGAAGUGAAGGGUGAUGGUCUAGCUGGUUUUUUCAAGGUGUGGAGCAGCUACGAUAAGCCAGGUAUCCGUGUCUAUGUUCUGCCUGGAUCUGUGAAUGCCUCCGCCAGUGGAAAGUGA